UAGCCAUUUCCGGGAUCUGUCAGCCGCUCCCUCUGGGCCCCGGUCCUCCGCCCGCGCCAGCCGGAGCCUGUUCGCGUCGACUGACCAGAGUCCGCGAAUUCUCCGCUCCGAGCCGGUCCGGACUGCCCCGAUCCCAGCUUCCUAUCCUUUGAAAACACUAAAAAUAAUGUCCCUGCAUCAGUUUUUACUAGAGCCAAUCACCUGCCAUGCCUGGAACAGGGAUCGUACCCAGAUUGCUCUUAGCCCCAACAAUCACGAAGUCCACAUCUAUAAGAAGAAUGGGAGCCAGUGGAUGAAGGCUCAUGAACUCAAGGAGCACAAUGGACACAUCACAGGUAUCGACUGGGCUCCCAAGAGCGACCGCAUCGUCACUUGUGGGGCAGACCGCAAUGCCUAUGUCUGGAGUCAGAAAGAUGGUGUCUGGAAGCCAACCCUGGUGAUCCUGAGAAUUAAUCGUGCAGCGACUUUUGUCAAGUGGUCCCCGCUAGAGAACAAAUUUGCUGUGGGAAGUGGAGCACGACUCAUCUCUGUUUGUUACUUUGAGUCUGAAAAUGACUGGUGGGUCAGCAAGCACAUUAAAAAGCCCAUUCGCUCCACAGUCCUCAGCUUGGAUUGGCAUCCCAACAAUGUUUUGCUGGCAGCAGGAUCGUGUGAUUUCAAAUGCAGAGUGUUUUCUGCCUACAUUAAAGAAGUGGAUGAAAAGCCAGCCAGUACACCAUGGGGCAGCAAGAUGCCUUUUGGUCAGCUGAUGUCAGAGUUUGGUGGCAGUGGCACUGGUGGCUGGGUGCAUGGGGUCAGCUUCUCUGCCAGCGGGAGCCGCCUGGCCUGGGUCAGCCAUGACAGCACCGUAUCCGUUGCCGAUGCCUCAAAAAGCGUGCAGUGAGUAUCUGCCUUUUGUUCGGAGUUAGGGAGUGGGUUGGGAUCUCUCAGCAGCUGGGCCGAGGCAGUUCUUCCCUGGGUGCAAAGUUCAGGAUGUGAGCAAAAAUUCUGACCCAGAACCACAGGGCCCUUUGAAGUCCCAG